GUGAAUAUACUGACACAUACAAGUAAAGUGAAAUAUACUACAAAGCAAAGAGCCCAGUUGGAAAAAUUAAAGAAGGAACAUGAAGAAGAAAAAGACUUGAAAGUGCUUUUCGGUAGUGGAAAUGAUGCAUCAGAAUGCAUGGAUUUUCCUGGGGGUACAACUUCCUCGAUUCCAAAUUCCAGCCCUGACCGAACAACCUCUGGAUGUUGCACACAGCGGCGCUGUGUGGGAUAUAUUUCUCCGGGAGGAUGUGACUAAGUUAACACAAUACUUACAGAAGCACUGGAAAGAGUUUCGUCACACAAAAAAUGAUCCUGUCAAUUCUGUCACUCAUCCUAUUCAUGACCAGACAUUUUAUCUCAAUGAGAAGCACAAGAAACAGCUGAAAGAUGAAUUCAAUGUUGAGCCUUGGACAUGCAUUUGAGCAAUACCUUGGGGAGGCUGUUUUUAUUCCUGCAGGAUGCCCACAUCAGAGGAGUUUCGCUUGCUUCCCAAAUUGCACAGAUCGAAGCAAGAUAUAUUGAUUUGUUAAGCUCUCAUUGCUAAGCAAUUAUGCACAUGCACUACAUAAAUUUGUAAAAUUCUUAGCAUAAGAACAGACUUGUUAGUGAAACUGAUCAUCUUAAAAAAUGUCCAUAACAGACCUGCUCUUUUAUUAUGUUUGCAUAUGUUUAUAGGUGACAAAAUUGACGCUUUAUGGCGCUAUUGAAGAGGCGAGGAAUCUCAUGAAAAAACUUUCGUGAGUUUGUUUUUAGCGUUUCUAAUAAAACACUUUUGUUACAUUAAUUCAGAUUAUUUCAUAUUUCAUUAAAUGUGAUUUUGUUGCUCGAUGGAUUUCCGACAUUGUAGUGGUGGGGUGGUUCAAGAGAAGAGAGUCAUGGAGCCUAUCUAUAAUCCUAUCAUGUCAUCAGCCGCUAGGGUUUUUUGGAGUCUCCCUUGAGGAUUUGUGUUGAGAAUGUAUAUUUGUUUUCACAUUUACAUUCAGUCAAAUGAUUUGAGUUGCAGAAUACUAGAAUGCAUUCGGUUUUGUCAAUAUAUUAAUUUUACAUUGUUAGUGACUUGAGGUGUCAAUACUAUUACUAUGUCGAGCUCUCACAGGUUAGUUUAUAUUAAGG